AUGCGGUCGGUCGCGUAACUCCCUAGCAGUAUAGUACUGCAGACUUUCUCUACAACAAGGUUGUUGCUUUCUCAAUGCCACUUCUUUUUUCGUCCCCUCUGCUGAUGCCAAUAAGACAACAAUACUUGUCACACCUACUUCUCCAGCUCCAUGAAUCUGUAGGUAAUACGAAGUAUCGGAAUAUUUAUAACUUUCGUUCUUUUGGAAGCACAUUGCAUUUGUAUUGCAAUGCUUAUCUUUCUAACUAUUUGCUAACAUUUUCUAUUUGCUAGUAACGUAUCGUGUCAAUUUUUUGUCCUAUAUACUCGCUUCUCUACAACAUCCAGCAACUAAGCCUACCUCCCUCUAUCGUGUGCGUCGUUCGGACUUACUCUUAUACCUACAACGAUAGAAUGGAUCGGCCGUUCAAGAGACCUAGGUUGUCCUUUUCUGCCACCCCGGAUGAGUCGGACGACAUAGACCUACAAACGGCCCGCGCGCAAAACGAUCAACGUCUCAAAUCGAUCUUCGAGGGUAUUUUUGAAAAGUACGGCAAAGACUUUACGGACGUGGGAGACGAGAUUGAUUUACAAACCGGAAAGAUAGUGGUAAAUAAUGGACAUAUUCAGGGGAUGGAAGAUGGGGACGACACAGGUGAAAAGGGGGCUUGGCUAUUCGACACGGAAGAAUCCACGCCCAAUGAUGCAGUUCCGGCGCACGGCAUCUCCCAAUAUUCAGAGGCAAGGACUAAUGGCGACCUCCUAGAAGAGUAUAACCCCGAUCUACAAUACCCACUAGCAGCUCCGCAGCUCCAAACGCGGCCAGACCUCGAUAGACCUUGGGAGAGCAGGGAAAGUGAGGCGUUGCUCGCCAAGUCAGAUGUCGACGACGACGAUAGGUCUAGUGUGGACUCUUUGUUGGAUACUGCACUAAGUGUCCAGAACGGCCCGGGCGAUCCCGUUCGACAAAAAAUCCUGAUAGAUACGGACGAGCCUGUCACGGAAAAAGCAAAACCUGCGGCUGAGACAUCCGCCCAAUCCGAAGAUGUGCAGAAAGAUGGUUUUACAGAAGCAGUGGAUUCCGUGUGGCGCGUCCCUGAAAUUAGUGGCAAGAUUUUCACGCCUCCAUUGAGCAUAUCACGACCAACAGUUCCUCUCAAUGUCGUACGGUCCGCAUCUCCUCCGGGAGUAGGCUCUAUCUGGGCGCUGCCUGGGACGUCUAGACGUAAUGCCGACAUUACGCAAAAGCGAUCCGCAAAGAAACACAGUACAAGUGAACGCAAGCGAAAGCAUCAAUCUAGUCCGAUUGUGUUCGACUGGUCUUUCGCACAGACACCAGAUGGAAGUGAAUCCGACGACCCCUUACAGGAAAAUUAUCAGCCGUCGCGUACACCGAAGAGGGCACUGAAAAUCAGAGGAAAAUGGCUGGGAUCAGAUACCCCAAGUCGCAGGAAGGAUCAGAUUGAUGGCCGCAAGCCAUCUCUUUCCCGCGAUGAUCAUGUCUCUCAGCUCCGCCGAGAUUCACUCAAUUCCGCGGAAGAUCAGCACAGCACCGCAGAGGCAACGGAGCAAUCAGGGACCAUCGUUGAAAAUGUGGCUGUGGAUACGCAGCUUGUAACCAAGGGCGGUCUUAAAACCCAUAAUAUUUCGUCUGAAGUUACGCAGGACCUGAAAUCCAAGCCGGCUGAGAGUCAACCCAAACCCCAGGAUUCUACUACCCCUAGUAAGCGUACUAGGACCAACUUUACACCAGACGAAGCGAAGUUGAUUGUGAUAUUGAAACAGGUACAAGGGAAAAAGUGGAAGGAAAUUGCAGACCGUUUACCGGGGAAAAAGCCGGCGCAACUUGUCCAGUGGAAUCAUUUACACUGGAACGAGCGUCGGGCGAAUCCAGCCCCACUGUCCAAGCCUUGGUCGAGAACGGAGCGGGAGACUCUCGAUAAUCUCAAGGACCAACAAGGCCUUACAUGGCAGAUAAUCCGCGCAGAGCUGCCAGGGCGAUCUAUCGCAGAACUAGAAUUUGAGCUUUUGCGACUCUGGGCGGGUGAUGAUGUCUGGCGCCGUGAACAACAAAAUUAGACUGUAUCUUUCAGCAUGGAUCAGAAUCAGAUGGACACAAGGCAACUGAGUUGGGCCAUCGGGCUACAGCCUCUCAACCGAAGCGGCGAUGAUGCGGGCCACAGGAUCCGUCAACGCUGUCCCACGACACCCUACUUAGGAAGUCACCCAUAAGCUAGCAUGAAGGCGAAUUGACCCGACUUGCACCCCUAUCCUGCGGUCUCGAACACUGUUGGGCAACCAAACCUGCAGUUAAAACCCAACAAGUGAAGCAUGGUAGCGGGGCCCUGCAUAGAACCAAGUAUUGCCAGCCACUGAAGAUU